AUGGACAUGAAAGAAGACGGCCGUGUUCGUCUGAAUGUUGGCGGACAACUUUUCGAAACAAGUGUUUUCACUCUAACUCGUUAUCGAGAUACUGUCUUGGCUACAAUGGUCGAAGAAAGAUGGACAAGUACACAGCAAGAUCAGGAAAUUUUCAUUGACCGAGAUCCUACAAACUUUAAUCGAAUUUUGAAUUUCCUACGAGAUGGAGCCGAAUUCUUUAUCAUGCCCAAAGAUGAUAAAACUGUAGAAGAGCUUCGGAAAGAAUCAUUGUUCUACGGGAUAACAGAUUUGGUAGCACUAUGCGAUGCCUUUCUUGCCCCCUUUCAGGUCGGCGAUACCGUGGGAUGGCGACCGGAAGCAAUACCCCUCUACUGGCGAUCUUUUGUCAGGUAUAUGGUCGACGACACCCUGACUCUGCCCUUCAUUUACGAUAGAAACAAUCAUAUUUUGGCAAAAUGCAUCGCCUGCCAAGAAUUCCAAGACCCAAAGAGCACCUAUCUAGUGGAAAUCAACUACCUAGACUGGGAACCAAUGAAGCAUCACAUGGAGAUAAUGACCGCUGAUAUAGUCGAAAUGAUGGGUCGUUGUUGCAAUGUUUCAUGGGAUAAUGGGCAGCAAAUUCAUCUACCCUGCUCGGCUUUGAGAAGAGCCUCGCCGGCGGAAGAACGA